AAUGGCAUUUGAUACAUUGAUUUGCUGUGAUAAUUAAUCUUGAACUUGGUGAUACUUGGGAUCGUCAUAGUAAUCUCUUGUUACUGUGCAAAGAGAGCCAGAAGAGCUAUAGUGAGUGAUUUGCGGAGCGUAGUUGCUCGGCCGGUGAGUCAACCCCAUCAUGUGGUUCAAGUUUGGGAGGUUGAUGCACCCACCAUGAAGUUCCUACAAGAAAUGGCGACGGAGAAGCCGGUAAGAUUCACUGCUCAGCAGCUUUGUGCAUUCACGAGCAAUUACUCGACCAAGUUGGGAUCUGGGGGAUUAGGUGUAGUCUCAAAGGGCAGUUUCCGAAUGGGGUCAAGAUUGCAGUCAAGGUGCUUGAGAGAAGUUCUGAGAGAGCAGCAGAGGAGCAGUUCAUGGCGGAGGUGGGCACAAUUGGAAGAACAUACCAUAUUAAUGUGGUUAGACUUUAUGGUUUUUGCUAUGAUCACUAUAUGAGUGCGCUUGUAUAUGAAUUCAUGGAAAAUGGAUCACUUAAUAAAUACUUGUUUGGGGAGAAGGGGAUGAUUGAGUGGGAAAAAUUACAAGAAAUCGCAACAGGGACGGCCAAAGGUAUUGCUUAUUUGCAUGAAGAAUGUCAACAAAGAAUCAUUCACUAUGAUAUAAAGGCUGCAAAUGUACUCCUUGAUGCAAACUUUUUCCCUAAAGUUGUUGACUUUGGGCUCUCAAAGUUCUGCAAUACGGAUUUUACCCAUGUUUCGAACACUAGGUAUAGGGGAACCCCUGGUGACUUUGCCCCAAAAUAUUUGUUGAAGAAUGAUCUCAUAACUUAUAAAUGUGAUAUGUAUAGUUUUGGAAUGUUGUUUGAGAUUGUUGGGAGGAGAAGAAACACAAUUAUGAGUUCAUUUGAAAGCCUUGAUUGGUUUCCUAAACAUGUAUGGGAAAAAUAUGAGAAAGGUAAAUUGGCUGAAAUGACAAAGACCGGUGGGAUUGAAGAAAAGGAUAGAGGAAAAGCAGAGAGAAUGUUCAUGGUAGCAUUAUGGUGUGUUCAAGAUUCACCCAAGGCAAGGUCACCAAUGAGUACAAUAGUGAAAAUGCUAGAAGAGGAGUGGCCAUCAUGCUGCCUCCUAAACCCUUUCAUUAUCUGUACUCAAUGGAAAUGAAUUUGCUCAAGCCAUUUGCAAUUGCAAUUGGUUUGAGUUUUCUCCUCAAGUGAAGAAUCUAAUUCUUAUUGGUAUAAAGAGAUCACAUCUAU